AUGACCAAAAUAAUCUCAAAAUUCGAACAUCUUCCUAAUGAACUUUUACUCGAUAUAUUGGCAUAUUGUCGUCCACGAGAUUUAUUUAUAUCAUUAUUUAAUCUUAAUCAACGUUUAAAUACACUAAUAUAUAGUCAAUCAAUAAAUAUUGAUUUAGGUAAUGCACUACCAAAAUAUUUACUUGAUGUUUAUUAUAAAUCCGUUUUAUAUAAUGCACGUGAACAAAUAUAUUGUUUACGAUUAUCAGACACAUAUGGACGUUUAAAUCGUUUUGUUAUAAAUAUUAAACAAUUAGAUAUCGAUUUUGAAAUAAGAAAAAAUAUACUUAAUCGAGUUAAAUAUUUAAUUUUAUGGGAUCCAAUUAUGACAAGUCUUCAUGAAAUAUUAAAUUAUGUAAAUAAUCUUGAAUAUUUUCAUGUUACAUCAAUAGGAACAGCACGACAAACACCAAAUUUUUCUGAUAGAUUACUUAAAAGAUUAUUUGAAAUGAAAACACUUAAACGACUUUAUUUAGCAUUACAUGACUCUAUUAUAUUCAAUACUGAUAUAGAUAUAAAUACAUCAAUUGUUCAAUUAACAUUAAAUGGAUGUUAUAUGCAACAUUUAGCACCGUUACUUCGUCGAUUACCUAAUAUUCAAAAACUUAAUAUUAUGUGUUACAAUCGACCAAAUCUUUUUUCCGUAAAUGCAGAAAAUUUCGAUUAUAGUCUAUAUGAUGGACUUGCUGAUUGUGUACCAUAUUUAACACAUUUGAUAUUGCAUGUUACUCAUACUCCAUUUUUCGAAAUAAAGACUCUUCUUCAGCAAUUAUCUAAACUUAUUAAAUUUUCAUUUUCAUCACUUCUGAUCGAUGAUUAUUCGAAUGGUUUGAAUUGGGAAAAUCUUAUUACAAAUUAUUUACCAAAUUUACAAAAAUUUAGUUUAUUUCUGAAUGAAGCGCAAAUUCCAACACGUACUCAAGUUGAUCUUCUUAAAAUGAUACAAUCAUUUUCCAGUCCUUUUUGGCAUCGAUGGCCAGUUGUUAUUGAAUAUUAUAUUGAUUCAAUAUCAAAAAAACAUCUCAUAUUAUAUACACUACCCAGUCAAAAGGAUAGUAUACGAACAUAUUUGUAUGGAGUACAAACACAAACAACAAAAGGAAUAUUUAAUGAUGAUUAUUUAAACUGUAAUAAAGUAGUAAAAAACUUAGAUUAUAAAAAGGUAUAUGAACUUCAUUUUACUCUUCAUUCAAACCCACCAUCAAAUAUUCUGUUACCGGAUCGUAUUUAUACAAAUCUCAAAUCACUUUCAUUUUCAUCAGAAUUAACCGAUCCAGGAUCGUAUGAUGCAGAUAUUGUUUUAAAUGAUCUUACAAAAAUAUUUUCAACAUCCGCACUUGCAAAUAUCAAACGCAUUUAUUUAUACCAUCGAAUUUAUCCAAUAAAUUUUCUUUCAAAAUUAUUAAACCUAUUACCAAAUGUACAAAGCCUUCGAAUAGAUGCAUCCUUAUUUAAUAUUUCAACAGUAUUUACUCGUAUUACAAGUUUAACAAUCGAUUUUAAUUCGAAUGUUAUGUGUAAAACAACAGAUAUUCUUCGUCAAAUGGGUACUUUUCUACCUAAUAUACGCUAUCUUUAUUUUGAAUUAAAAGAUGCCCAAGACAUCUACAUUUUUCUUAUAUAUUGUCUUCGAAAACUUGAACAUCUAUUAGAUAUUCAUGUAACACUUCACGAACCAGAUGUGCGUAUUGAUCAACAAGCCUUUGUAUCAUGGUUUAAUGAUUAUAAAUUGUUAAAUGGGUUAAACAACAAAGUCCAAGUUGAAUUUGGAGGAGGAGAUAACCGUUUUCAUAUUUCAUUGUGA